AUGUCAGCCCAGGAAGACGGUUCCGUGGAAGCCGGGCCAACACCCGCACAGGAUUUAUACCGAGAGAAGCCGGUGAGCACGGUGGUGCGAGUAUUCACAGUACUAGCCUACCUCCUCUCUGUGUCGCUAGCAGCUAUUCUUCUAUCGGUCUACUAUAUAUGCGUCUGGAAGUCACCAGAUCAGCCGAUGAGCGCUCAUGAGAUGCUCAACGCUAGACGCGGAGAUCUCAACGACUAUGCCUACGCAUACGAUGCCUCUUACAAUACGACAGCAGUCGCCGUCAAGAGGUGUCAAGCUGCAGACGGCGUGACCCAGGACGCGGCCUCCGCACCGUGUAACUGGGCCAUAUCGAUAACUUCGCCCUACUUACCUGGUUUCGUCGCGGCGCAGUGCAUUCGAGGAAGACGAGAGAUGUCGAGCAAGUCGUAUCUAUCUGGCAGUAUGCGAUCCUGCGCUGGGUCAGUGAGACUGGGCACGGCUUCCGGCCACGAGGUCGUCCUUGACGCUCUGUACGAGAGGAAGCGUGAUAAGAAGACAGUUCGGGUCCUGACGGUCAUCAUAUACGUGUUCUGCGUGUCGCUGGCAGCUAUCAUGCUGUCUCUGUACUACGUGUUCUUCUGGGAGCCCAAGGACGCUCAGUACGCCCAACGCAAGGUGUCUCACACUGUUCAGCAAACCAGCACUACACCAAUGCCCACAUGCUUUAUGCCCUACACUGGAGGAAGCAAUACCACAAUGAACGGAACUGCCAACAUGCCGAUCUUAGAUAAGUUUGACAACUUCACAAACAAUAUCGAAAGCGCAGAAACAAUCAUGGAAUCCGUAGAAAAUUCAACGUUACUUCCCCUGCAAGAGACCGAUACUUUUGAUACUGAUGCAAACUUGUCGAAUACAUGA